AUGGCGCCCUCGCAGCGCCCGCUGCUGCCGCUGCUCCUCCUGCUGCUGCCGCUGCCGCCGCCGCCGCCCUUCGCGCGCGCCCAGGACGCCGCCCGCGCCAACUCGGACCGCUACGCUGUCUACUGGAACCGCAGCAACCCCAGGUUCCACGCGGGCGCGGCGGACGACGGCGGGGGCUACACGGUAGAGGUGAGCAUCAACGACUACCUGGACAUCUACUGCCCGCACUACGGGGCGCCGCUGCCGCCGGCCGAGCGCAUGGAGCACUACGUGCUCUACAUGGUCAACGGCGAGGGCCACGCCUCCUGCGACCACCGGCAGCGCGGCUUCAAGCGCUGGGAGUGCAACCGGCCCGCGGCGCCCGGGGGGCCGCUCAAGUUCUCCGAGAAGUUCCAGCUCUUCACGCCCUUCUCCCUGGGCUUCGAGUUCCGCCCCGGCCACGAGUACUAC